GCAGUUGUCUUCUGUACAUGUCAUGGAAGCUUCAAAAGAAUUAUCAAGGUCACCACUCACUUUUGUUCCAGAGAAGAACAAGUAUAUAGUGGCGGAAUUUGUUGACUCUCUCCUUGGUGCUCUUAGGCAGAUACUAGAUUUUCACAUCACUUUUAUGGUCCCUGUGCCGGACCAUAUUCUGAAUCUCCAUGAGGGAGUAAAGUCAAUCAGUAUCCUUCUUCAUGUGAAGCAAGAGAAUUUCAAUGCUCUACCUGACAAAAUGAAGGAUCAUAUUGGAGUUGUGAUCAUUGAUUUAGGAAUUGUAAUUUGCUCCAUUUCAGUGAAUGAAAUAAAACAUGGCUUGGCAAAGGGAACAGAUCUUGCAAUUUCUCGUUUGGUGAAAGAGCUCCAAUUUGUGAUGCAAGAAGUUGCACAAACGCAUCCUCCAUCAUCAUCAUCACUCAGAUUCCCUAGGACUAACGAGCUGGGCUCUAUUGAUUUCUUCUUAGAGAAUCUCCAGGAAAUAGCAACUUCUGAGGCCGGUUCGAUUGCUUCCCCAAAGGAUCAAAUCCAAAUAAUCCAAGAAGAUCUUUUAUUUUUAAGAUCUUUCCUACAGAAAAUUGCAAAGCAGCGCAACCAGAACGUGAAAUUUCAAGCUCUUUGGGAUGGUGCUAUGGAGGUGGCCUACAAGGCAGAGUUUGUCAUCGACUCUGUUGCGCUUGGGGAUAGACUUGAAUGUUUGGAUACUGUUGCUGGAGAUAUCAAGCAUACGAAGACUGAGGCCCUUAAAGUCUCUGACAGCAUCAGGAAUGAUGAUGAAGCUCAGAGAGUUGCCAACAACUCUAUUCACUUCAAAUCACAACUCAGUACCUGAAUGAAGUUCUGGUGGGUCUUGAUGAAGAGGUAAAGACAAUUGCAGAUGGGCUUACCAGGGGUUCAAACCAACUAGAUAUUGUUUCAAUUGUGGGUAUGGCUGGACUUGGUAAGACAACAUUAGCCAACACAAUUUACCAUCACCCUUCAAUUUUAGGCCACUUCCAUUUCCGUGCUUGGUGUACUAUUUCCCAAGUAUACAGCAAGCAGAAUUUGUUAGUUCAAAUUUUGUCCAGUAGUGGUAGUGGAAGUCAUGAUCAAUAUAUUAAGAUGCAUGAAGAUGAUUUGGUUGUGACGCUCUUCCAGCUUUUGAAGAGAAAUAGGUAUGUUAUCAUUUUGGAUGACGUGUGGGACAUUGGGGCAUGGAAUUUGUUGGAAAGAUCGUUGCCAAACGAUGCAAAUGGAAGCAGGAUUCUGUUCACCAGCAGGAUUGAGAAUUUGUCUUUGCAAUUUAAAUCUAAUAGCAAGUCUCACCAUCUCUGCCAUCUUAGUGGUAAAGAGUGUCUUGAAUUGCUUCUGAGGAAGAUAUUUGGCAAAGAAGAUUGUCCUCCAACACUAAUCAAAGUUUUAAUGCAAGUAGCAAAUAAGUGCAAGGGGCUACCUCACACAGUUGUCAUUUUUGCUGGAAUUCUUUCAAGAAUUGAGCCAGACUGCUGGCAAGAAUUUGCAGACAGCCUCAAUUCCAACACUUCUAAUAGCACUGAACCAUUGGAGCUGAGUUACAUUCAUUUACCUGAAUAUUUGAAGCCAUGCCUUCUUUACAUAGGUGCAUUUCGAGAAGACCAAGACAUUCCUGUCCGAAAGUUGUCAUGGCUUUGGAUCUCUGAAGGAUUUGUCCAAAAGAUAGAAGGGAAGAGUCUAGAUGAUGUGGCAGAAGACUACUUGAAAGAUUUGAUUGGUAGAAGUUUGGUAAUGGUAACCGAACAAAGAACUCUUGCUGGUGCCAAAAUUUGCCGACUUCAUGAUUUAGUACAUGAGUUUGUUGUGGCAAAGGCCAAAAAAGAAAGUUUUCUACAGAUUUCAUAUGGGAGUAAUGACCUUCUACAGAUUUCAAAUUGGGGUGAUGACCUUUCUACUUCUACUGGACCCAGCCCCCACCGACUGUGUAUGCAUUCGAUGAGCGGAAAGGAGCUUGAGAUGUCCAGGCCAUUUUUUCCUAGACUACGUUGUUUGCUCUCCUUUGGUUAUGCUUGUACGGAUUCAGAAGAGCUGCAUGAUGGCCCCUUUUGGUUUCUAAAAUCAAAACUUCUUAGAGUUUUAGAUUUUAGGGACAUGCGUAUUUCUUGCAAUUUUCCAAGCGAAUUAUUAUUGCUUGUGCACCUAAGAUACUUGGCAAUUAGCUUGUGGUAUUCAGCAUCCAUUCCAUCUGCCAUAGACAACCUCUCAAGGUUACAUACAUUUCUGGUAGGGGGCAAUGCUGUUGCUGGGUUGCCUAAUACUAUCUGGAACAUUAAGACACUGAGACAUCUAAGGAGAACAGAGCUUCCGGAUCUGGGUGGUUCGACACUGAGAUAUCAAAAGAAUAGAGCAUUUCCGCCGAGUGGUUUUACGUUACCCACUCUCGACAUUGAAGACUACCCAAACUAGAUCAUUUAGACACUUUGAGCCUUGCAAUUGACUGCUUUGGUGAACAAUUGCAGAAGAUACUGAAAAAGCUACCAACCAUUCGCAGGCUAAAAUGCGUGCAUGCAGAUGGUGGAAAACGGACUGGGAUUCUCAAGCUGGACAGUUUGAAUCAACUAGAAUCACUUCAGUUGCAUCGCUUUUACGGCUGCAAGUUUGAAUUCCCAAUGAAUUUGAAAAAGCUCACUCUCUCACGCAAUAAAUGGUCGUGGAGUGAAAUUUCAACAAUUGGAAAGUUGCCCAAUCUUGAAGUGCUUAAAUUAUUAAAGAAGUCCUUCAUGGGGGAAAAAUGGGAAAUGCAAGAAGGGGAAUUCUCUAAUCUCCGAUUCUUGGAAUUGUCAACAUUGAAUCUUUGCAGUUGGACUGCCUAUAAUUCUGAUAAAUUUUCUCGUCUUGAGAAAUUGGUUUUGCAUAGCUGUCUGCUGCUGGAAGAUGUCCCUCUUUGUUUAGGGGAAAGUACUACCAUUGAAAUGAUUGAGGUGGAAAAUUGUUGCAACUCUCUUGUGAGUUCUGUAGAACAAAUUCAGCAAGAACAGCUGGAGAUGGGAAACCAGGAUCUGAAGGUCGUUAUCACACGCGCCAUUUGACAGGCAGUGCAAUUCUAUUUAUGUUGCAAAAUUGACAAUCCUUUUAGGCCUUUUGUGGCAUUAGUGCAGCAGAAAAGGAAAAAGCCAUUAUUAAGAACGCUCUAAACGACAUAGUCUGGGCGGCUGUAAAUUAAUUUAUAUUUCCUGUGGCUAAAUAAAUUUUCCUGAGUAUAAAUUACUUUUCCAAGCAAAUUUUUAAUUUUCUCUUUCCCUUCUUCCCUCCUUUCAUUGCCUCUUCCAUUUUUUCUCUUUACGUUGGAAGCGCUCACUCUAUAUCCCUAUCCAAUUGUGUUUCUCCUCCAUUAUCUCUAGCAGCUCUUUAUUUCACGAAAAGAAAGAAAGAAAGCUUGAUUUAAUCCCUAUCUGUGGUUUAAUCUCAAUUUUCUCCAUCAUUUAUCAAUUCCGAUCAAUAGCAGUGUCGUUUUUGGGGAUUUUACUGUCAAUCUCUCUUAAUUUCCGAGUCUUUGUGCAUAAAUUGAAGGAUCCAGACAUCACAGAGCUGGUUUCACUUUUCCAAGUGAUUCUGAAUUCCUAAUCAUGGCCGAGGAAUCUUCUCUUCGGUGCUGCCAUUUAAAUGCGAGGAAUUCCUAUGGAAUUUGAGAACCCCCUAUAUCUUCUGUUGACGGAAGUACCAGAGGAGUAGAUCCUCAUAUAUGGUCAGAUUUUUGCCGAGCAGCAACUUCUUACACGCCAAACAUAGCCGGAGAAAGAAGGCCUCAGACAAGUACAGUUGCACCAUUCCAAGGCAUCACAAAGCAUUGCCUCAAGCGAAAUACUUGUGCAGAUUUACUGGAGUUGAAGGUCCAAUUCCCUCCUGGCUAGCUGAAGAUCUACUUUAGCAAUUUUUCUUGCCAAAUGGUAGCAGAAGGAAGCAGGGUACACAGAGCAAGUUUACAAGGAAAGGAGAGUGAGGGCAUGCGAACAAUUCAUUUGAGGUGGAUGAUUGACAUGUGAAGAUAUUCUUGAGGGAUGCAAAUGUAAAAAAUGUACUUAUGAAACCCAAGCAUUUGGAUAGAUGAAUUUUUUGCAAAGGAAGUGAAUUUUUUAGUUUGAUUUUAGCAGAUAGUAUUUCCUUUAUUGGAUGACAAUAAUGAAGCCUAUGGUGCUGAUUUUGCAGAGGGGGAUUCCACUCAUUAGGAUAGUUUUAGAGUGCUAUUCAUGUGUUCCUUGAAUUGAAUAUUUGUAGGUUCAGAAUUCUCUUGUGAUUGCAGCGACAAGCAUGGUCAUGACAUUGUCUAUCACAUGCUGUUUCUUCUAAUAUGCUCUCCAUGUUUUUUAUUCCCCUGUUUGGAGUUGAUCUGGAAUAAUCUUGAUGAGAAUAAUCUAUAUAUCAUCCGAAUUUCUGAAA